AUGUUUGAGAUCAACGAUGUUGAUUAUGAUGAUGAGGCGGGCGACAAUGACGACGAUGCUCAUGAUGAUAAUAAUAAUAACGAUGAUGAUGAUGAUAAUGCUUCUGCUGAUGAUGAUUUCUAUGUUGUUGAUGACGACGCCAACGCCGACGAUGAUGAUGAUGAUUAUGAUGAUGAUGAAGAUGAUGAUGAGGAGGAGGACGACGACGACAAUGAUUGUGUGUUGCUCGUGGCGACGGACCGAUGCACGUGCCAGGACUGCGAGUGUCCCUUGCAGCAGUGUCCUGACGGCUGGACGACGUUCCGGGGCUCGUGCUAUUACGUCAGCGACAACGUCAGCGUCGACUGGACGGAGGCAGUUCACCACUGCGAGCUGCACCACGGACGUCUGGUUACCAUAGAAACCAAGGAGGAGGACUCCUUCAUCCGGUCUCAUCUUGAGAGGCUCUACAGACAAUCGAACCAGCAUGUCGGUGAAGAGUUCUGGCUCGGGGCCAACGACCAGAUGGUUGAGGGGGUCUGGACAUGGUACACUAACGAUCAGCCCUUGGAGUAUACUGGAUGGUAUCCCGGGCAACCCGGAAGUGAAGGCGACGAGGACUGCGCAGUUAUCGCCAGCAGACCGGAAGCAGGCGGCAGCCAGAAGUUCAACGGUUGGCAUGACGCCCAAUGCGCGGCUCAACACCACCCUGUCUGUGAAAUCAGUCAUGACGAUUCUCUCCCAAUUGUUGGAAGGAAGUAGAAAGGCCAGCCACUUCAUCUCAUCAGGCAAUUGACUUCCUAAAGUGAAUUUGUAAUGGCAUUUGGUAUUAAAUGGAGACUUUCAUUUA